GAGAGAGAGAGAGAGGGAGUUGCAUUGCAUUUUAAAUAGGGAUUAGUAGAAUUGUUCGAUAGUGGGAGCAGGAGAAAGUAAUGUGCCCUGCUUACGCAGAUAUCCUUCCUGAGAGAAAUUCAAGAAAGAGUGUUAAAAAGAGAAUAAUCUCGUUACAAAGUGAGUAUUCUAGAGAGAGAAGAUUCGUUCUUGCAAAGUUGGGUAUUCGAGAGAGAGUGAGUCGUUUUACCCAUCGUGUAUUGCGAGAGGGGGGACUGUGAUCGCAGAGAGGGCAUAGGAAUUCAGUCCAGUUAGAGAGAGUGUCUUAUUGCUUAGUGGGCAUUGGGAUUCAAUCCAGUUACUGAUCCCAAGAAUCAGAGUUCCCGGUUUCUCUCUCAAGUGGAGCUUCUUAACAGUGAGAGAACGACGCCCUCUUGGAUACGGGGUCUCAUUCACAAGAACCCACCAGAACAUAUUCUACUUUACUUCUUUACAGUGGAAAAUGAAUUCUGGUGAUAUUGUGGAUGUGUAUCCUCUCUCCUGUUACUCAUUUGGAUCAAAGGAACCCAAGCCUGAAAAAGAUGCUUAUAUCUCAGAUAGAACUGAAAGAAUGAAAUCCAAUUAUAUGAGACAUGGUAUAAGGAACUGCGUUGCAGCAGUCAUUCUGGUCCAGGAACUUGAUCACCCUCAUGUGUUGCUGCUGCAAGUCAGAAACUCAUUCUUCACAUUACCUGGAGGUCGCCUAAGACCUAGAGAAUCAGAUAUUGAUGGACUGAAGCGCAAACUAUCAAGCAAAUUAUCACUUGAUCCAGAUGGUGCCAAUACUGACUGGGAGAUAGGAGAAUGCCUUGGAAUGUGGUGGAGGCCUGAUUUUGAAACUUUAAUGUACCCGUAUUGCCCGACUCAUAUAAAGAAACCCAAGGAAUGCAUCAAGCUUUUCAUGGUUAAGUUGUCAGGGUGUCAACAACUUAUUGUCCCAAAAAACCUAAAAUUACUUGCUGUUCCUUUGUUCGAGCUUCACGAUAACAAGAAAACUUAUGGUUCAAUGAUAGCGGGCAUCCCUCAGCUCCUAUCCAGGUUCUCCUUCAAUUUUGUUCGAAUCUAAAGCUGGUUCUCUUACAUCAAUAAAGAUUUCAAACAGGGUUUCAAGGACUCUUUUAACUACAGUAUUUUGUGUAUUGAUUUUACCCAAACAAAGGGUUCCAAUGAUGUACGAUCUCUUUGUAUAUAGACUUAUAGGGAAGUCGGUUAUGUAGUAUUUUCUUUUGCCAUAAUUAAGGAUCAUCUACCCUACCCCAAAUAGUUGGAAAAAGCCUUUGAUGGUGAUGAUGAUGAUCAGGGAUCAUCGUCCACACUUCUCCACAUGUUACAGUUGUGCAAGCUUUGUUCAUAUAACCUACUAUCGAUAUGUACUGCAUGUUUGGGAACCUUAUACUUCGCAUGUAUGAAAGCAAUUUCCCCUUGAUACCUACA